UGCAUGUACGUACAGUGGUUAUUUCUCAAUCUGAAUACACCCUCUGUCUGAAAAGGAAGGUAGAAGAUACUUUCAGUUUCAUACCACACAACAAGGGUGAGAAGGAAAAGCCAUGGCGGCGGACAAAGUCCUGCUGGAGAAGAGGAAGCUGUUUAUCCAGGCAGUGAACGAGGGCACAAUAAAUGGCUUGCUGGAUGAACUAUUAGAAAGAAAAGUGCUGAGCCGGGAGGAAAUGCAGAUAAUAAUACAUCAAAACCCUACAGAUAUGAAAAAGGCCCGAGCUUUGAUUGACUCUGUCGUUCCAAAAGGGCACCGGGCAUGCCAGAUUUGCAUCAGUUAUAUUUGUGAUGCAGACGCCUUCCUUGCAGAGAAGAUAGGACUCUCCACAGGUCCCCAAUCUGGAAAUGACUUUAAUGCACAAGACUUGCCAGCGGUGGCACCUUUUCUACAAGUUUCUCAGGCAGUGCAGGACAAACCAGCUGACCUCACAUCCUCAGAGCCAAGAGGGAUACUUAAGCUUUGCUCACCAGAAACAGCACAAAGGAUAUGGAAUGAAAAGUCAGCCGAGAUGUACCCCAUAGGAGAAAAGUCGAGCCGCACGCGCCUUGCUCUCAUUAUCUGCAACACAGAUUUUGAGAGUCUUCCCAGGAGGACUGGUGCUGAUGCUGAUAUCAGAGGGAUGAAGACACUGCUAGAAGGACUGGGGUACAGAGUGAAUGUGAAAGAAAAUCUCACUGCUUCGGACAUGACUGCAGAACUGAAGGCGUUUGCUGACCGCCCAGAGCAUGGGACCUCUGACAGUACUUUCCUGGUGUUCAUGUCUCAUGGUGUUCGGGAUGGUAUUUGUGGGAAGAAGUACUCCAAGGAAAUCCCAGAUAUAUUAGAAGUCAACACCAUCUUUCAAAGCUUGAACACCUGGAACUGUCCCAAAUUAAAGGACAAACCCAAGGUGAUCAUCAUCCAGGCCUGCCGUGGUGAGAACCAAGGAGUGGUGUGGUUAAAAGAUUCAGUAGAAAUUUCUGCAAAAAGCUCUUCACUGGUUCCAGAAGAUUUUGAGGAUGAUGCCAUUAAGAGAGCCCAUGUGGAGAAGGAUUUUAUAGCUUUUUGUUCUUCAACGCCAGAUAACGUUUCUUGGAGACAUCCAAAGUUGGGCUCUCUUUUUAUUAUGAAACUUAUUGAAAAAUUUCAAGACUAUGCCUGGUCCUGUGACCUGGAGACAAUUUUCCGAAAGGUCCGACUUUCAUUUGAGGUGCCAGAUGGUAAGGCACAGAUGCCCACUGUUGAAAGAAUGACUUUGACUAGAUAUUUCUACCUUUUCCCAGGAUGUUGUGAGGAAGAUAUUUUGACAGAGGAAGACAACCACAAAAAAAACCCAUUUAAGAUCUUGGAAUCCAUGGGCAAAGAGCUAUUGAGUGGCGUUUUGGAGGAUGUAGUGGAAAAAGAUUACUUGAAAUUGGAGGACACGGAAAAAGAAAAAUUUUAUGGUGCCAAACCUAGAGACAAGGCUCAUGUCUUGCUGGAUUCUGUCCGACGGAAACCCUAUGACACAGCCCAAAUCCUUGUCGAUAUGUUCCUUAAAAAGGAAAAGGAGUCCACCAGUGCAGAAGUUUGCCCGGAUAUCGAGGCUGGAGCAGAUGAGUCAGCAGAAUUCACAGAUACCCUCAAGCUUUGUCCUCAAGAAGAAUUCCUGAGACUGUGUAAAGAAAGGGCUGGAGAGAUCUAUCCAGUCAAAGAGAAGAAGGGCCGCACUCGUCUGGCUCUCAUUAUAUGCAAUAUUGAGUUUAAAAACCUUUCUCUGAGGAAGGGGGCCGAAGUUGACAUCGAAGGGAUGAAGAGGUUGCUUGAGGGCCUGGGCUACAGAGUGGAUGUGGAAAAACAACUCACAGCCAUGGAGAUGCAGUCAGUGCUGCAGGCGUUUGCUGCCCGCCCAGAGCACAGGUCCUCAGACAGCACAUUUCUGGUAUUCAUGUCUCACGGCCUGCUGGAAGGAAUAUGUGGAACUAUGCAUAGUAAAGAAGAACCAGAUAUGUUAUCCUACGACACCAUCUUCCGGAUUUUCAACACCCGCAACUGCCUGAGUCUAAAGGACAAACCAAAGAUCAUCAUUGUCCAGGCCUGCAGAGGUGAAGGCCGUGGAGAUUUGUGGGUCAGGGACUCUCCAGCGGCUUUAGCAGACAGCUCUUCACAGUCACUUGACAAUCUGGAGGAGGAUGCUACUCAGAAGGCCCACGUGGAGAAGGACUUCAUUGCUUUCUGCUCCUCAACACCACAUAACAAGUCCUUCAGAGAUGCAAAAAAGGGUUCUCUCUUCAUCUCACAACUCAUCACAUGCUUCCAAAAAUAUUCUUGUUGCUGUCACCUAGAAGAAGUAUUUCGGAAGGUACAACAAUCAUUUGAAAAACCAACUGUUAUAGCCCAGAUGCCCACUAUUGAACGGCUCUCUAUGACAAGAUAUUUCUACCUCUUUCCUGGCAAUUAAAAAUGGAAUCACAAGCAGUCCAGUCCUUUUUUCAGGUGGAAAAAAAAUUUUUUUUUUUUUGAAAACUGUCUUAUCAGUCAAGAAGAACCACUACUGCUCCUGGAGAAUAAGCAUAAUGAGAAAAGCAUGAUUCACAGAAAGCUCAGGGUAAUUUUGUUUGAUGGCUUUUUGAUUUGUUAACUUGUCUAAGCUGAAGUAUAGUUUCUGGAAUUCUUUUUCUAGAAUGGUUUUGGUUAAGAUGAGCUACAAGGGAUAUUCUUUUUAAAGAACUUGAAGACAGAAGAAACAGGCAGGUUCUCCAAUGUCCACCAACCUCUGUUUAUA